AUGGCAACUAAACAGAGACGCCCUAACAUUAUCUUCAUCCUUGCCGACGACCAUGCAUCCAAGGCAAUCAGUGCGUACGGCGCUGGUAUAAACCACACGCCAAACAUCGACCGUCUAGCCACAGAGGGAAUGAAGUUUAACCAUUGCUAUGUCACGAACUCGAUCUGCACGCCAUCUCGGGCCGCGAUUCUGACUGGAACUCAUAACCAUGUCAACGGUGUCAUGACGCUAGAUAGCAAAAUCAACAAGAAUCUGCCUAACGUGGCCAAAUCGCUUCGUGCGGGUGGCUAUGCUACUGCGAUGAUUGGCAAGUGGCAUCUUGGGGAGGGCACUGGUCACGAGCCUACGGGAUUCGACUACUGGUCUGUUCUUCCAGGCCAAGGCGAUUACUGGGACCCUCAAUUCACCGACCCCUCCGGCACUCACGUCGAGAGCGGAUAUGCUACCGAUAUCAUCACGGAGAAGAGCCUCAAGUGGAUUGACUCCGUGGUAGCUCGGAAGCAGCCUGAAGGCACUGAGGAGACCCAGCCGUUUUUCCUCAUGUGCCACCACAAGGCACCCCAUCGCUCAUGGGAAGCCCACGACCGUCACAAAGACAUGUAUAAAGACCCGAUUAAGGUCCCGGAGACUUUUGACGAUGAUUAUCGGAACCGAGCCCGGGCAGCGAAGGCUGCCAAAAUGCGCGUGGCCGAGGACAUGACAUAUCAGGAUCUUGGACUGGUGCAGCCCGAUGGUGGCGACAGUGUCGGCGAGAGAGUCCAGCAGGAGGGCAGCAACGCGCAACGCAAGAUUCCAUCGCCAGCCGACGUCACCUCCAUGCGCUUGAUUGACAAGGAGACAGCGGAGGUCUUCACUUUCUCGACACCCGACGAAUUGGCCCAAUUCAAGUUCCAGCGGUACAUGCAGCGAUACCUGCGUACUAUCCAGGCCAUUGAUGACAGCGUGGGCACAAUCCUGUCGUAUCUGGACGAGAAGGAGCUAGUCAACGAUACAGUCGUCAUUUACUCCUCCGACCAGGGCUUCUUCAUGGGCGAGCACGGCUGGUUCGAUAAACGCUUCAUGUACGAGGAAAGCUUCCAAAUGCCCUUCCUCAUCCGCUAUCCAGCUGCGAUCGCGGCUGGCUCAAUUUGCGAACACCUUGUCUGCAACGUUGACUUUGCGCCUACGUUCCUAGACCUGGCAAAUCUACGUAUCCCCACGUAUAUGCAAGGUGUCUCGUUUCUUCCUCUGCUUCAAAACCAGGGGUCAGCGCCUGGGGACUGGCAGAAGGUGGCGUACCAUCGUUACUGGAUGAACAAUGAUGAGAUUCACAACGCUGUGGCUCACUAUGGUGUCCGUGACCAGAGAUAUAAGCUGAUUUACUGGUACAAUGAGAGCUUAGGCAUUGAGGGUUCUCGGCCCGCCGGUCCUGUUCAGGGGGCUGAGUGGGAGUUGUUUGAUUGCGAGCAGGAUCCCCUGGAGCUGUUCAACGUGUAUUCAGAUCCACAGUAUAAGGAUGUGGUCAGGAACAUGACGAAGCUGUUAGAGGAUAAGAUGGAAGAGAUUGGUGAUGAAAUGGUUCACCCCCGAUCAAGGAGAGUGACUCGGGGGUCUUCAAGGCUCUGA